AUGUCUCCUCUGGUCGAUGAACUUCCUCAUGACAUUCUCUUUCAUAUUUUCACAAGUUAUUGCACUCCAGACCAAUAUUUAAAUGGUCUGAUGCUUGUAUGCAAACAUUGGAAUGAACUCACAGAGUAUGAAAUGUUUUGGGUUGCUACUCUCAAACAAUCUCUCCGAGCUCAAAUUCAACUCUCAUCACAACAGGAAAUUCAAGAAAUGGAGAGCUUGCUGCAAGACGAUGCUCAAGGUUCCUCUGUAUUUCAAGCUGGAUUCAUUUCAAAGAAAGAUAUUCAGAAAGAACGGGAACGUUUUAUAAAGUCCAUGGAAGUCAGAGAGAAAAUUCUCAUCAUAAAUUUAUUGCCUUUUACAAAAAGAAAAGAAACCAAUGCCGACAUAUUUGGCAAGGUUUACAAGCAACGUACUGUUCAAUUUUUGAAAGAGAGAUCGAAAAGAAGAGUUGCAUUGGAGCUAGUGAAAAAGAUCAUUUCAAUUCAAAAUCGUGUCUCAUUGCAUAAUCAGGAUGAAAAUUUUGAUGUAUAUUUUGAAUAUGGAUGGGAGGAUGUUGUUUCAUUCAUUGAAAAUCAUCCCAUCUAUGACAGAGAACAGAUAUGCAGUAUUUCUAUAUUGAACAUUUCUGAGGGCUUGUGUCAUCUUUUCUUGAAGAGUUGUAAACUGUAUUUAAAAAGUUGGGAGUUUUCUGAAAAACGAACGAGAUUCUUUGCAAAAAUGGUUGAAUAUUUUGUUGUGAAAUGUAAUGUACCCAUUAGUCCUCUCAUGGACGCAUUAUUUUCACUUGGGUGCCAAGAAAUAUUUAUUGAGAAAGACGACGAGUUUUCAGAGCAUGGUGAAUUGUGUUACUGCUCAGGACUAUUUAACAAGUUUGAAAGCGAACUCAAAAGCUCUAGCAAAGGAGGAGUGUCGAAGACCAUAUUCAAGACACUGAUUCAAAACACUGCUUUCAACAGAAAAGGAUCUGGACAUGUUACUACCAAGUUUGUGCGAUUGUUACUAUCCAAAAAGCUUGUAAAGCUUAAAGAAACAAUGGUAGAACCUUAUUUGCAAGAUAUGCAUAUGCCAUCAUUCAUGGCAAGACCAAAUUAUGAGUUAUUGCAAACCUUGUAUUUGGACAUUGGUAUCCAACAUAUGAAAACAUUUAAUGAGAAUGAGUUUGUUGAGUCAUUACUCCGUAAUUCGAUCAGAGAAUAUGCUCAUUUGCAGAAAAUUCACGAAUUGGUUCCGUUCUUAAGAAAAUGUAAAGAACAACUUGGUAUCAAUUUUUCUCAUCCCAGAGCUCUCUAUGCUGCAGUAUCGCGAGGCCAUGAUUCCUUUGGAGCUCUCAAAUUUAUUGUUGACGAAUGCAAUGUAGAUGUGAAUGUUGACCUUUCGCCAAAUGCAGGUGCUCUACCACUGGCCAUUUACAAUUCUGUGUCUGGAACCAAUCUUGAUUCGAUUUUGUUCCUUAUUGAAAAAGGAGCUACUAUAUCAGAGAGCAAUAUUGGAACCUAUGAAGGAUUAACAAUGGACCAACUGUUGUCAAAUUUCAUUUGUGACAUGAAAGAUUUCUUGCCAACUUGCAAACUACUGAUUGAAAAGUUUGGAUUGAAACCAGACGCCUUUGCAUUUUUAUAUAACUUGGGCUAUUGUGACACGGUAACUGGUUAUACUGUGGAUUCAAUCUUGGAAAUUUUAGACUUCUUUGACCAAGCAGGAUCCUCGAUUACGGCCAACAAGGAAGAUGCUAAACAUGCAUUAGAACAUGUUUUCAAUCGAUGGUGUGAAUUAUCUUUUAUUGCACAAGAUCAGAAAUUGCUGAAACACGAGUUUGCAGCAAGAGUUUUUGAAAAGUACGGUAUUAUAUUGGAAGAGAGAACAGACGACAGAGAUUUCAUGUAA